GGGACGUCGCCGGCCUGCAGGAGCGGGCGGCGGCCGGCCGGGAGCAGCUGGCGUUGGUGCUGAAGUCGCGCCGCCAGCUGGACGCCGAGCUGGAGCAGUGUCGUGACUGGCUGCAGUCAGCCCAGCUGACGCUGCGCCACGAGCCGCUCACGGCCACCAAUCUGGCCAUCCUGCAGGAGCACGCGCUCAAGAUGGCGAGCCUGCAGGAGGAGUACGACGCGCACCGACAGCAGCUGGCCGGCGUGCUAGAGACGAGUCAGCGGCUGCUGCCGGGCCUGCGAGCCCCCGACCGGCUCACCCUCACCGACUCGCUGGCCACGCUCAACGCCCAUUACGGCGAGGUGGGCACGCGCAUUGAGGAGCGGGCCGAGGCGUUCCGCUCGGCGUCAGAGCGCCAGCAGGCCGUCAACACCAAGAUCGCCUCCAGUGUUACGUACCUGACCGAGAUCAAGAAGGAGAUUCGCACGCUCAACAAGCCCAUGGGCUCAGGCGUGGAGGACGCUCAGGGCAUCCUCAGCAGCUACGAGGAGGUGCUGCAGAAGCUGCGCGAGUUCCGCAACCAGCUGGAGUCGCUGCAGGACCAGACGGUGGGCAGCAUCACCGACCUCAACGACCUGAUCCGACAGCAGGACGAGCUGGUGCGGGCCAUCGAGAACCAGGUCUCCAAGCUGCGCAACCUGGUGCUUCUGCGGCAGCAGUUCCUGCACCUGCUGACCGAGAUCACCGCCUUCCUCACCAGCCACGCCGACAUCGUGGCCGACGUGGAGCGCACGGAGCGGCCCGUGCCCGACAAGAUCCGUCAGUACACCGGCGUGCUGGCCAAGGUGCAGGACAUCGAGGCGCUGUUAGCCGCGGCGCAGGACAAGGGCCAGCAGAUCUCGGAGGAGGGCACUGUCAGUGACCGCAACGCCAUCCUGAAGCAGCUGCAGAGCCUGAAGCAGCAGAUGACGUCGCUGAAGCGGGCGGUGGAGACCAAACGGCGCCAAUACGAGGAGACUGCCGAGCGCCACGCGGCGCUGACGCAGCAGGUGGCGACUGAACUGGACUGGCUGCACGAGCGGGAGGCCGUCAUCAGAUCACGGCCCGUACUUAGCAUGGACGACGCCGAGAUCCACCGACACAGCCAGGAGAGCCUGACGCUGUGUGACGAGACGCUGCCGGCGCUGGAGCGGCUGCAGCAGCUGGUGACGGAGACCGAGGGCCUGGGACCGACGCGCGAACUGCCGGCCGGCCUGCAGCAGCAGCUGAGCCAGGCGCGCCGCCUGCUGCACACCCUGCCCGGCGAGAUGGCCGGCCGACAGACGUAUCUGCAGGAGGCGCGCCGCCUGUUCGACCAGUACCGGUCUCUGAAGCAGACUGUGUCCGAGUGGGCCCGCGACGUGGGCGAGCGCGUGGAGGAGGCCGAGGCUUGCGGUGACACGCCGCAGCGGCACCAGGCCGUCUCCCGGUGUCAGGCCCUGAUGGCGGACGAGUCGGCACGGCGCGCCCAAGUGGCCGAGCUGCACACGACUGUGGACCGGCUGCUGCCGCUGCUGGCCGCCAAGCCGCGCGCGCAGCUCGACGCCAACCAGCGCCAGCUGAUGGUCUCGUACGACGCCAUCGUGCUGCGCGCUCAGGAGCUGCUGGACGGCUGUACAGAGGUGUCCGAGGUUUCUGUCGAGGCCGUCCAGUCCAAGGUGCCGCUGCUGUCGGAGCUGCAAUCGCUGGUGGACGCCACCGACGGCGGGCAGGAAGCGGCAGGGGAGGCGGAUCGGGCGCAGGCCGAGUGGCGGCAGAUGGCUGACCGGCUGGAUGUUGACGCUGCCACUAUGGACGAUAUGAUCAGGCUGUGGCAGACGGUGGAACGGGAGCUACUCGGUCUGGAGUCGGCCGCGGACGCGGUCGGAGCGUCGGCUGACGCGCUGAGGCCAGCCGACGGCGCCUCCGACCGGCAGGCGCAGACGAAACAGGCCCAGUACCUGGGCGCAGCCGAGUCGCCGGCUGUCGGACCCCUCUCGGAGCGGACCGAGCGGCUGGGCCAGCGUCUGGACAGUGUGACGACCGCGCUGGAGGAGCGCUGCCGUCAGCUGGAGGCGGAGGCGGCAUUCUCCGAACAGGACCCGUACAGCGGCGAGCCCGCGCCCGCCGGCCACCAGCUGCAGGACCUGCAGGAGGCCUCGGACGGCCUGGGCGGCGAGCUGACGGCGCUCUGUGACGAGGUGGCCGCGCACUACGAGCACGGCACGCCUCGAGCGGUGGCUGCUCAGGUGUCCCGGCUGGAGCUGCUGUGGGACGGCUGUCGCCAGGCGCGGGCAGACCUGGAGUCGGAGGCCAAGCGCGCCUCCCAGGUGCUCGCCGACUACGCCUCGGGCCUGGAGGAGGUGACCAAGUGGAUCGGUGAGCUGGAGUCGCGGUUGUGCGCCGCCGCCGAGCCGGUGCAGCUGCGCGCCCUGCUGGAGGAGCUGCAGGGCGAGCUGGCCGUCACCUCUGUUCGGCUGGCGGACGUGACGCGGCUGGCGGGCGUCAUCACCGAGCGCGCCCGCCAGCCGGCGCGGCGCGCCACCGUCCAGCAGGCCGUGCAGCACGCCACGCAGGAGCUGGAGGCCGCCCGCGGCCGGCUCGAGAAGCGGCGACUCCAGGUUCUCGAGUCACUGGAGUCGUGGAGUCGCUUCAUCGAUAGUCAUGACGCUGUCCGCGACUGGAUGAAGAAGCAGCACGCACUGGUGCGCGAGCCGAAGACUUUAAACACGCUGAUGAACGCUAGGGACGCACUCAACGAGUACAAGGCCGCCGUCAAGGAGUGCAAGUGGGCCACCCGCAAGCUGCACGAGAUGGCCACCGAGCUGAGCAGCACUGGCGAGACGUCCAGCGUGGACGCGCUGACCGAGCGCAUGUCGGCCUGCGAGCACGACAAGAUCGAGACCGAGACGCUGCUCAAGGAGCGGAUGUCGCUACUGCUGGAGAUGACCGAGGAGUGGGAGCAGUGCGAGCGUAAGAUGCGGGAGGUGCAGGCCUGGUGUCAGGCGUCGCGCGCCUCGCUCGAGUCGCAGCAGGCGCGCAAGAGGCCCCUGCGCGACCAGCUCGCCUUCUGCGAGAAGAUGUCCAGUGACAACGGCAUCCAGCGCACUCGUCUGGCCAUGGCUGUGGACAAGCUGGGAGUCCACUUCCGCUCUGGUUACUUUGCCGGCGCGUCGGUGGUGGAGGAGCGUCGCUCCGAGCUGGAGUCGGAGCUGCGCCAGCUACAGACCACCGUGGACGAGCAGUGCCGCUCGCUGGCCGUCUGCGUCAGCCAGCUGGAGCAGUACCAGCAGGACGUGCAAACGCUACGCGCGCGCAUACUGGAAAUCGAUCAGCAGUUGCGCACCGUGUCGCAGCCAGCACACGUGGCACGGGACCGGGACGUGGCGCUUGCGCAGCAGCGGGCGGACGAGCCGGUGUUUGCGGACCCCGGGCGGCGCACGGCGUGCUGGGCGGACACUGAACAGCACGUGGCCAGCCUGGAGCGUUGUGUGUCGGAGCUGACGCCGGUGGUCGGGUGGCUGUCGCAGCUGGAGCGGACCGUGUCGGGUCUGACAGAGCCGCCGCGCCGGCCGCCGGUGACCGCCGACCGCCCGACCACACCGCCCGGUGUGGACGGUGGCAGCGACGACACCCACGCGUCGGAUACCUCCCCGGACACGGAGAGUCAGUCGGCGGACGUGCCGGACAUGGAGAUGUGGCCGCUGUCAGAUGCGGAGAGUCACACGUCCGAUGGUCCGGACACCGCGCGCGAGCAGCCAUCUCUGUCGGACAGCACGGACGGGCAGCGUGGGCUGUCUGGCUGUCUGCUGGUGGAUUUGGCGUGGAUGGAGCGGCAAUUGACGGAGAUGCGGAGCCGGCAACACCAGCACCAGGCGAUGAGUGACGCCGGGAAGCCGGCGUGGGUCGCCGCUGGCCCUGACGCGGCCGCGGCGGGUGCCUCCUCGGAGGUCGGCUCGGAGGCGGCCCGCGCCGGCCGGCUCUCCCCGGCGCCGCACACUCCCGCCGGCAGCCUCCAGCUGGUGGAGUUGCCAGAGCCUCGCACCGCGGUCGAGACGGAGGAGUCCGUCGACGAGCUGGGCCGCCGCGUGGUGGUGACGACCACGCGGUUCUUCACCUACGAACGGUCCGACGACGACGCCGACGGUAACGUGGUGGUGCUGGAGCGCGUGCGGCGCCGCGUGCACCGCGCCGUGUACGAGAAUGGCGACGAGCAGGCAGUGCCAGAAGACGCCGCCGUGUCGGCCGUCGUGUACGUUCCGGAGGAGUUUGUGCUGCCCGAGCCGGCCGAGACGAGCGAGGUGCGCGAGUACGAGGACGAGCUGGGCCGACGUGUGGUGGAGAACAUCACCAUCCGCACCACGUUCGAGGAGGGCGGAGAAGAGGAUGGCGGUGUGGUCAUCCUAGAGAAGAGGCAGAAACGGGUGCAUCGGACCAUCUAUACCGGUGACGAGGUCUUGGAGGAAGUCGAAGAAGGUGAUGCGGAUGAAGCUGGUGCGAGUCCCGAACUGCCAGCACCACAUCAGAGAGAAGAAAUGAAGGAAGUUAUCGACGAAUUUGGAAGGAGGGUUGAGGUCAGGACUGUCCACGUGACGACCUACGAGCAAGAUACCGAUGACGAUGGCAAUGUCGUUAUAUUGGAAAAGGUGUGCACAAAAAACUUUCAGACCAUUUUGGAAGACGUUCCAAAGGCGGCUGAAGACGACAGCCGUCUCCCAGAUUCCGAUGCACAACAUGUGCGGUCCGUGGUGACUAGUAACAUGUCGGAACCAGGCGAAGACUUUGAGCUUCCUGAACCGCAUGUGUCGGAAGAGACGCGCGAGUAUGAAGACGAACAAGGCAGAACGAUGGUGGAAAAAACAGCCAUCACUACCACAUAUGAAAAAGACGCUGACGAUCCGAACUGCGUAACGAUUCUCCAGAAAGUGUCGCGACGCGUUACGAGAACUAUAUAUGUGGACGGCGAAGUGGUUGAAACGAUACACGAUCCAUCACCGGGGCCGGUGGCCACCACCGGCCAACCCCGACAGGUUGAGGAGCGACCCGAGUCCGGAGCCGUCACCACAGAUCGCCUUGAGCCCGUCGGUCCGCUGGAGGAACCAGCACUGGCUGAGGAUCACGCUGUGGCCCGGCCAGCUCCUGAUGACCUCGCUGGCGAUUGGACCGGGCCGGACGCGGCGGGCCUGCCGGAGGCCGUCGCUGGUGACGUGCCCUGUGUCGACACGUCGCUGGCACUGCAGACCGGGCCGGACGCGGCGGGCCUGCCGGAGGCCGUCGCUGGUGACGUGCCCUGUGUCGACACGUCGCUGGCGCUGCAGACCGGGCCGGACGCGGCGGGCCUGCCGGAGGCCGUCGCUGGUGACGUGCCCUCUGUCGACACGUCGCUGGCGCUGCAGCGGCUGGUCGGUUGGCCGGCGGUCCAGCUGCCGCCGAGCGCCGUCCUGAGGGUGGCCGAACGCGAGCUGCCGGCGCGUGACGUCCAGUGGCCAGGUCAGGAACCGGCGGCGGCGCCGGCCGGUUCGCUGCUGGCUGACCUGCCGCCCGCCCAGCUCAUGGCGCAUGCCCCUGCCCAGGCGCCGGUGGCGGCGGCGACCGCCGCUUUACCGGCUCUCGGUGAACUGGCAAUGCGUCAUGCGGCUGUGCCGCCAACUGUCGGCGAAAAUCCGCAGAACUGCGGCGACCUGACGCCAAAGGCUGACAUUGACGAGCACCAGCUGGUCGGACAGUCGGAGACGCCCUCCAGCCAGCCACUGGCGAGUUGGGAGCAGGACGGCAGCGUGCAGUCCACGAAACUGGGCCUCGAACCGUCGUCAAGAAAACGGAAGCCACGCGACAAGAAGGCGACGUCACCACCGGUCCAGCCAUGCGAGUCACCGACGCCGGCCGACGACCUGAGCCCGGCCACUUCUGCGGACGGUGGCGCGCAGCGGAGUGACGAGCGGCCGCUGGCAGAGGACCUGUCCAGCGCGCGCUAUAUGGUGGCGACCGAGACGACAGAGCUGUCGCCCGAGCCAGGCGCAUGUCCGAACGCCGACACCCUCGAGGAGUAUGUGGACGAACACGGACGCCACAUCCGCACCGAGAGGACGGUGCGCACUCAGCGCGACCGUGCCGUGGCGAGGGACGGCGUGGAGCGGCUGGUGACGCGCGUCGUGCGCUCGAUCCGCGUGGACGGCGACGAGCAGGACGGCGCCUCGGCCGACCCGACGGAGGAGUGCCGUUCGGAGUUCUGUGAGGACCAGACACGGGGGACCGAACCUCAGGCGCAGGAGCAGAUAUUGGGAGAGACAAUGACUGACAAAGCCGUUCUACGGGGUGAGGUACCGGGAGAGGCUUUGCUAGGGCAGGCCAUCAUGCAGCAUCAGGAGCCUGGAGAGAAUCUGUCGGAUGGAGCUGUGCUGUACCACCAGGGGCCCGAAGAGAUCCUGCCAGAGCAGUCGGUGCUGAGGCAUCAAGAGUCUGGAGAGGUCCCGCCAGCAGGCCUUGCGCACAAGCACGAACAUGCCGGGGAAAUGACGCCGGACGACCCGGCGCUGGAGCAGCAUGAUCCGGGUGCUCCACCGGCCGGCGUCUCACCAGAUGAGCCAAAGAGCACCAGCGACGGGAAGAAGAAGAAGAAGCGGAGGCAGAAAAAGAACAAAAAAUUGCCAGAUGCGCUGCUUUUAGCCAGCCGACUUCCGGAAAGCAUGGUGAUUGGCUCGGAAUCCAGCCCAGGCGUAAUAGAUUCCGGGGCCAAGUCGUGUCAGCCGGUAAAACAUGCUGAAGAAGGGACGAUUUCGAUGUUGGGCCCCAAUCUGGCCCAGAAAGCAUUGCAAGAUGUGCAGACUGGGUCCAGUUUUCCCGACGCCGAGCGCGACCCGCUGGACUGCGAGGCCGCCCAGGUGCAGCCGCCGGACGCCGCUCCACAAGCACCGGCCGGGGACGCGCAGUCGGAGGAUCGGGACGCCAGCGCUAUCGACCGUUUGGAGCUUCGACCUCUUGAUGGUAAGGAGGAGCGUGCUGGUUUGCCGUCGACAGAGCCGACGGGCGCGAAGCUUGGAAAGAAAACUCGGCGUAAAACGAAAAAGAAAGAGCGGGACGGAUCGACGCGACAUGUCGAUGCUAAUCAUGCGCCAGCUGUCGGCAAUUUGAAUCGAACAGAAACCCCAAACGACGCGUUGUCCGAGCCCCAACUCGGGGCCGAAGGCCACUCGACUGAAGACGUCCGGUUCGAAGGUUUGGAAAAGCGAUUGGAGGAAACAACUCAGACUGGAGCAUUGCGGGAAGCGUCGCCCAGCGGGGAAGACGCGUCCGCCACAAUGUCCGCCGACAAUGCACGGGCUGACCGUGGCGUCGAAGGAGAGUGCACGCCCCCGCAGCGUGACGAGGUGCCACCGGCCCGCGCUGCCCCGGUAACGCCGCUCAAGACGGAACGCCAGGCUCUGGAGGAGAGCGUCGAACUGGUGGACGGCGUCCUGCUGCAGGACCCCACCGUCAGUAUUGUCGAAGACGAGAUCGUCGACGAGAUGGGGCGGCCGGCGAAACUGCGCAAAAUCUACGUCACGUUCGUGGAAGAGGUCGAAGACGAGUCGGGGAACAAAAACACGAUGAAACGUGUGGUCCGGUCCGCCCAAAAGACAACAGAAAUUGAUGGUAACGUUGUGGUAGAGGAUAUCGAAGAACCGUUCGAAGACGUGUGCGGGAAGGACCUUGAGAGCCAGUUGAUCGAAGAGUGUUUACCUCGAGUAAUGGGCACUCUGGUUGAGGAACCACAAAUCCAGAUUUCGGCAGAAGAGACGUCGGACGACAGGGGCAGGCGUGUGGUUAUCCAAAAUAUUUGCAUUACAUUCGUGGAAACAAUUUUGGACGACUCGCAGGGGACGACCGUCGUGAGACGAAUCAUCAGAAAGAGACGCAAGGUGACUGAAGUGGGCGGUACGUCGAUAUUGGAGGAACGUGAGGAGCCCGAGCACGCAGAGGUUAUGCCGGCCUCUGUUCCGGAGUUGACCGAGACAUCGGUGCUGGAGGACUCGAUGGUGACGGUCACGGGACAGUUAAUCGGCGAUCCACAUGUGGAAACGACGGUGGAGGAGACCGUGGACGAGCAGGCCAAACCUGUGAAGAUCAAACGGGUGUACGUAACGAUCUUGGAGGAGGUUGUCGACGUCACGGGCGUCACCCGUCUGGUGAAACGCACGAUAAAGAAGACCCAGAGGACGAGAACGGAGAACGGCCGCCCAGUCACCGCGGACGUCUUCGAGCUGAUCGAAGAGCCGCCAAUGGACGAACAGCGAGAGCGUGUGCUGGAGCUCUGUCUCCCGCUCAUGCAAGGCACGCUGUUGGAAACGCCCAAGGUCGAGUCAUCUUACGAGGAGACAUUGAACAAGGACGGAAAGCCGGUGACCAUAAUACGCUUUUGUGUCACGGCCAUCGAGAAAUUCGAGGAUGGUAUACCAGGUACAAUGAGCAUCUACAAGAGACUGAUUAAAAAGAUUCGAAGCGUUACAGAGAUGGACGGCACAGCCGUGGUCGAAGAAUGCGACGAGCCUGACGAGACCCAGCUGGUGGCGCGCUCCAUCCCUGAGGCCACUGAAGCGUCUGUUCUCCAGGAAUGCAGGCCUCUUCUGAGAGGCACCCUAGUUGUGGACCCCAAAACCGAAGUUGAUGUUGAGGAGGGCGUUGAUGACCGCGGUAUUCCCGUGACUAUCAGAAGGUUUCACACAUCAUUGCUGGAGGAAAUUAAUGACGGGGUGGACAACCCCCGUCUCGUGAGACUGGUGGUCAAGAAGACUCAAAAAACCAAGACGGUUUAUGGGCUUCAUGUGACCGAAGACGCCGAAGAACAGAUCGCAGAACCCUCCCGAGAAGAAAUGAAGGAACAAGUGCUGCAGCAGUGUUUGACGUUUUCACGCAGCUCACUUAUCGGAGAACCCACGGUAGAAAUUCACACGGAGCCUGGUCAGAGCAGGGUGGGAACUCCGGCGCAGAUCAGUAAGUUUGUCGUCACCGUCGUGCAGCAGGAUGGUUGGACCCGCGACGCGUUGGGUCGCGAUGUUCCCAUCAGGCGCGUCAUCACCAAGAAGCGACUGGUGUACCCGUACCAGGACAAGAUGGUGGUGGAGGAGUACGACGAGCCGGAGACGCUUGAGGAGCUGGCGUCGUCCGUGGCCGAGAUGACGGAGACCGGCGUGAAGGAGGAGUGCGUGGCCCUCGUGGCAGGCGCACUGGUUGGCGAGCCGGAGGUCACCACCACCGAGGAGGAGAGCUCGGACAGCCGGGGACGUCCGGCGCGGCUGCGCCGUGUGUGCGUGACUGUCACUGAGCGGCAGCCCGGCCCUGGCGGCGCCCUGUUGGUCCGGUCGGCGCAGCGUGUGCAGCGCACGGUGGACGAGAAGGGCCGCCGCGUCACCGAGGACUUACAGCAGCCGGUGGCGCCCGAGCCGCGCCAGCUGCAGCGGAAGGCGGUGCAAGACUGUCUCCGACACCUGGCGGGCACGCCGCUAGGAGAGCCGGAUGUGGAGACGGAGCUGGAGGAGACGGUCGACGAGAGGUGCGGGCCCUCUGUAACCCAGCGCGCGGUCGUCACGGCGAGGGAGCAAGUCACGGACGAGCAACAGAACGCGCAGAUCAGGCAGGUCAGAUUCGUUAAGAACCUGAAGACCUAUCAGGUUGAUGGAAUGUGUGUGGUGGAAGAAUGGGAUAAGCCGCUGGAGGUGGCUACCGUUACCUCGUCCGUGCCAGAGAUGACGGAGGAACAAGCACUGUCAGAAGCCCUGCCGUUUGUUCAUGGUUGUCCUGGUGGAAGACCCCAGAACAAGAACUGUCAUUGCAGUGGCGGAGGACAAUGAUGGGAAUCCUGUCACGAUCAAGACGAUAUAUGUGACUCUGCUUGAUGACGUUACUCAAGCGGAUGGAAACAAAAGGCGCGUAAAGCGAACGAUGAAGAGGUCCCAGACGAUGAGCGAGGCGUUCGGAAGGCCGUCAGUGGCCGACGUGCGGGAGUAUGACGUCGAUCCGCCGCCGACUGAUGAAGAGCUGCUCAGAGAGUGGCCUCUGCCGCUCGCAGGGCCCAUG